AUGAGCUGGGGACCUGGUUUUGUGGGAGCCCUCAGAGAACUACCGAAGGCUGCUGUAGUGGACUUGGUACAGUGGCAUGCUGACUCUGAUGUCCAUGGUGAAGUUAGGCACCCACUUUAUUCUCCUUCUCCCAUAGGGUGUUUGUCUCUAUCAGUGCUGAGCUGCCCAGGCUUGGUAGAAGGAAAUCAUCACUCUCAUACUUUCCUUAAGGAAGGAACCUAUGUCUUCAAGAAGGGAAGUAACAGCACAAACAGUAUAAGAACAAAGUGCACUGAUCUUCAAAUGCCAUUUCAGUACUCUCUCUAUGCAACCACCUACAUCCUUAUAUUCGUCCCUAGUCUUCUGGCCAACAGUGCAACCUUGUGGGUUCUGUGCCGCUUCAUUAACAAGAAAAAUAAAGCCAUCAUUUUUAUGAUCAACCUCUCCAUGGCUGACCUUGCCCAUGUGCUGUCUUUACCCCUCCGGAUUUACUAUUACAUCAGCCACCAUUGGCCUUUCCAGAGGACCCUUUACCUGCUGUGCUUCUACCUGAAGUAUCUCAACAUGUAUGCCAGCAUUUGCUUCCUGACAUUCAUCAGCCUUCAGAGAUGCUUCUUUCUCCUCAAACCCUUCAGGGCCAGAGACUGGAAGCAUAGGUAUGAUGUGGACAUCAGUGCUGCCAUCUGGGUCAUUGUGGGCACUGCUUGUUUGCCACUUCCAAUUCUGAGAAGUGCUGGCUUAGCCAACAACACUGAAUCCUGCUUUGCCGAUUUAGGUGUUCCACACAUCAGCAUGGCUUCCUCCUCUGGCAUGAUAACUGUAGCUGAACGGGGGUUUGUAUUACCUGUUAUAAUUAUUACUUAUUGCACAUGGAAAACGAGAAAGUCUUUACGGGAACUUCAAGUUCCCCCUCAGAAUACCAAAGAGAGAAAAAAGGCUUUAUGGAUGGUCCUGAUAUGUGCAGUGGUGUUCAUUGUGUGUUUUACCCUCUACCACCUCAACUUCCCACUAUUUAUGAUGGUGAAGCAACAUGUUCACUCAUGUGUGAGAUGUGAGGAUAGUGUUUUGGAAAUUCAUUGCAGGAAGGAGGAUCUUCAAACUAUUUCUCUUGAAUUUUUGAAUAUUCCAAGACAAUGUAAUCAAACAAUUAGCUAG